AUGAAAGAUUACGAAUCUCAGCAUCCACUGGUCCUUCAUGGAAAGCAUUAUCUGUCAACCUUGAUCAUACAAAGCGAACAUAAACGAUUGUGUCAUGCUGGUCCAAAGCUUACUUUAGGAUCUCUUCAGGAUACCUAUCACAUCAUUAGUGCACGUAGAGUCGUUCAUAAGUUGAUACGUGAGUGUGUAGUGUGCAAGCGAGCGUCUCCAAAGAUAACAACUCAACUGAUGGGUCAACUUCCGUCAGCACGUGUUUUGCCCACCUUUGCCAAUGAGAGAGUCUCAGUAGACUAUGCUGGACCGUUUACACUAAAGAUAGGAUCAGUUCGAAAGCCAACGUAUCGUAAAGCCUAUGUAGCAGUUUUUGUUUGCCUUGUAACCAAGUCGUGUCACAUCGAAUUAGUACCAGACCUCUCGGCGGAAGCAUUCCUUGCCACACUUCGUCGCUUUGUUUCUCGAAGAGGAAAACCCAUGCAGAUUUGGAGCGAUAACGCGACUCGUUUUCGACGUACGGAUAAAGAUUUAAGGGAACUUUAUCGACUACUUCAAAGACCAGAUAUCAAAGAAUCUGUUAUGAACUUUUGUUCGUUCCAAGGCAUCCAGUGGAAGUUUAGCCCACCCACCGGUCCUCAUCAUGGUUCUGUUUGGGAGAACGGGGUAAAGUCCUGUAAACGGCACUUGAAGCGAAUAGUUGGGGAAACCAAACUAAACUUCGAAGAAAUGACAACCACCCUCUGCCAAAUCGAAGCCUGUCUCAACUCUCGUCCACUGAUACCUUCGCUUGAUACAAAUGAUGAUGAUGGAAUAUCUCCACUUACCCCUGGACAUUUUCUAAUUGGGCGUCCUUUAGAAGCUCUACCUAGCCGCAUUUAUAAAGAGCCCAUUCUUGGUUUAAAAAGAUGGAAACUCUGUCAAGCAUUGACGCAACAUUUCUGGAAACGAUGGUCUGCUGAAUAUCUCAAUGGCUUACGAUUUAACAAGUGGAAAGUUCCAAAACGAAAUCUUCAACUAGAUGAUAUUGUCCUCGUUAAAGACAAUCGUACACCAACUUGUGAAUGGCCUCUUGCUCGAGUCACAAAGGUUCAUCCUGGUCCAGAUAAACUUGUUCGAGUCGUUACUGUACAAACGAAGACUGGCACCUUCAUCCGACCGAUUGUGAAGUUAUGUUUACUUCUACCAGCGAAGGAAGUGCCGAAGAAAGAUGAUGAAAUGAAGUGAAGUACUGAACAAUGAACGAACAUAAGUUUGAACAGAUAAGUUUAGAUAUAUGUUUAUAUUAUUUCAUGACAUUCUUGUGUUGAUCCAAUCAAGGCCGGCGGAAUGGACACGCGUUAUAUGUCUUACAUAAAGUUUUUAGCAUAAUUUAGCAAGCGCAUGCGCAGUAAGCAUGCUCUUAAGAACACGUGUUUUGUAGGAAAAGAAAAUAUAAGUUUUACCUCGGUUACUCGCUGUUUUUCUUGGGUAAAACAAAGGACUGCUAGCUAGGCAGUUAAAAGCAAGUAAACAAUCGCAUCUAGUUCCUUUCCACGACCACGACCUUACAAUGUUAUUUGUUUCUGCGUGUACGGCGAGGUGGCAUUUUUAAAACGUCCAAACGUCCUACAAACGUCAAAACGUCCUUUUCACGUUGAAACGUCCCACUUCUUUUAGCUUUCAUCUACAUGUAGUUUACUUUUUUAGAAAUUAUUGUAGGUCUUUUGAAUAUGUUCGCCUUUGCAAAUCGCACAUGCGUCGUUUAAUAAUGGAGCAUGCUUUGUUUCUACAUACUACAUUGCAUGCUAUCUCCAUGAUUUAGGAAUUUUUGAUCAUUGAAUUUUUAAUGCUUUGAUCGUUUCCUAUGAUUUACUUCUUUAACGACAAAUAAUCCAAUAAAGUGAAAAUUUAUUAUAUUCCCUCUUUACCACGCCUUCUCAUAUUAUACUUUGAGAUCUGCGACAAUGACCUCUUCUGUAAAUUUUCUAUCAGAUUGUUUGCUGACCGCAUUUCUAUAUGGGUAUGCUAUAGCUGUCAUACCAAAAUAAGACAGUUGACCUUUGCCCCAAGUGCAGUUUACCCGUAGAUUAAAGAUUGAUUAUGUUGCAUUUCUCCUUUAGCGCUGACUUGAAUGGCUUUACCUCUGAUCACAUUCGAAGACUGCCGAACUCACCCACACAAAAUGGAACCGAUUCUAUUCUGUCCUUUUACGCACUUUUACCAAGUGGUAGUGGUCUAUUACCUACCAGUGUCUUAGCAACCAUAUUUACGUCACACCAAGACAAGAUUCUCUCUGGCGUGGACAGUGAACUUGAAGAACCAGGAGUUAGCAUAGCAAGCACUGAAACUCCAGCUCUUACCUCCACACAAACCCAAAACAUAGUGCUAAUAAUAAUUUUCAACCACAGAUCUGGAAAGGUGAGUGGAAAGUAUGUGACGUAUGUCUAAAGCGAUGAAAAUUUAGCUAGCUGACCACUAACUUUCCUUUUUUUCGAAUUAUCAUUUUGAGUUAGUACAACUAUAAUUUGAACAUUAUUUACACUGCCGGUUGUUUGUGCAGCUUACGUGAAAGCAUGCAUUUACCUACGGUAUUCGCGAAUUAAUCCAGAUUAAUAUAAUUUUUUUGCACAAUUUUAUUUAUCGACUAUAACAUGUUCAUGCAUAUUACGUUUUUUAAAAAAAUAUUAAAAACACACAUCAUGAUAAUCUUCAAGAAAAUGAAGUCAGAUCUGUAUAUUAUAGCAACCAAAUUUUACUGGAAAGUUAUAUUUUAUGAUAAUUGACAAGUUUUUACACCGUCUAUAAUUGGACCUAUAUUGGGCGAAAAAAUAAGCAACUAUUUAAAUAUGCACGUGCCCUUCUGUAGCAAAACCAAUUGAUUCCAGUUUCAGAUCUUGAUCGUACACCCCAUCAACAUAACGAUAUUGUUGUUAAUAUCUAUAUAGGUAUCUAUUUACAGUGACUGCAUGAUUUUAUCAAUCUAAAAUAAUUUCAUGAUUUUGAGAAAUAUUUCCGUGCUUUUUCACAAUAAACAUUUAACAACAAUAGCGAAUACUAAAUUAUAAAUAAAUCUGAACAUAGGGAGCUGAGGAUGGGCUGCAACAUGUACUGUACUUGGGGGUUUUGGUCAAUUGUUGUUUUAACUUUUUGCCUUUAACUAUUUUCCAGGUUAAUACGUUGGUAGUUGUCGAUAUUAGAGUAACUGUAGCUGCGAAGAUGAACCUUUUCUGCUUCAGUACACAUGGUGAUGUAUGCGGCCUUACAGUCAUUGGGUAA